AUGUUGCGUCUACCGCAACGUCUAAUCGAAACAUUGGCUGAACAGCAACAACAGCAAUAUAUGACAAAUAAUAAUAACAACAAUGAUAAAACACAUUUCCAUUUACCACGAAUGAAAGUACGAAUACCACCUGAUUUACUAAAUAAACUCUUGAGUUCUCUUCAUACAACAUCCAAACUAUCAAAAAAUUGUCGUUAUCAUUCCUCAUUCAGACGAAACCAAAAACACAGAAAGCACAUGAACAGGUCGAUCAGCAAUGAGUCGAUUGUGGGAACAAGUAAAACCACAAAAAAAAAUGAUGUGAACGAAGACGAUUCUAUUGAUUUACAAUAUUCAGAUCGAAAUCGACGUAAAAUGAGAAAAAAAGUUGAGCCGAUUGUCAAACAUAAAACACCACUUGUACGUCACAUUUAUCGUAGAAAAGGAAAUCCCAUUGAAAAACGUCAGAUCCAUUCUCUGUUAAAGAAAAAACUUGAAUUAGACAGAGUAAAUAAGAGUGACUCGGAGACUGAUAGUAAUAAUAACAAGCAAAAACGAAAGAUAAAAAAUCAAAUGAUAAAAAGUAAUAAUCGGCCAGAAACUCGGGAGAAAACGACAAUGAAAAAGAAAGACCAUGAUGAAACAACAACAACAUCAAAUACGUCAGAAGAAACAUCUUUCACAAAUGUAUCGAAGCUGAUCCAAAAUAAGAAUGAAAAUAGUUUAGAAUCAUCUGAUAGUAGUAACGAAAGUAGUGAAACACAUGACAAAAGUAUUUUGGUUGAAAAUACUUUACGAACAAAAUGA